AUUAAAACUCUCUCAAAUGCAUAGCAGCACUUAGAGCUCCUGAAACAGAUAAUCAAAAUGGUUGUGAAGAUGUUUGGAUCAGGACAGGCUGGGUGCGCCAGAGGGGUGCUUGCAUGCCUGGUGGAGAAAGGCAUUGAGUUUGAAAUUGUGCCUGUUGAUAUACUCAAAGGGGAACAGAAAAAACCAGAGUUCCUUGCCUUACAACCCUUUGGAAAAGUUCCAGUGGUGCAGGAUGGAGAUCUCACACUGUUUGAGUCAAGGGCAAUUAUAAGGUACUAUGCUGAGAAAUAUGCAGGGCAGGGGACCUGUCUACUGGGGAAAACCUUAGAGGAGAGAGCAUUGGUUGAACAGUGGCUAGAAGUAGAAGGGCAGUACUUCAGUCCUCCUUCUUAUGCACUGGUUGUCCAGGUGCUAAUCGUCCCAAGGCAUGGUAAGCCUCAGGACUUGCCAUUGAUUGAGAGCAGUGCCCAAAAGUUGGGGGAAGUGUUAGAUGUGUAUGAAGAGAGGCUAUCAAAGAGCAAGUAUUUGGCAGGGGACUUUUAUAGCCUUGCUGAUCUGACCCAUCUUCCAUUUAUUGAUUACAUAGUGAGUGCUACUGAUAAGGGGUAUUUGAUUACAAACAGGAAACAUGUGAAUGCAUGGUGGGAGGAUAUUUCCUCCAGACCUGCAUGGAAGAAGGUUUCAGCUAUGUGAAACCAUGGUUCAUGUGGCUGAGGUUCCAACAAUUUAGUGUGUUUUGCAAAAUAAUAAUACCAUGGUGUACUCUGUAGAUGGUGGA